GAACAGAUAUCCCACCAGAGAAAGCAAAUAAAAAUGUUUGAUCAAGGCAGACACAAAUUAAGAUCACCUAGUAAUAUUAUACAUCCACUAGACAGACAUUUUGCUGAGGAAUACUAUUUAAUACAACUACUUUGAAAAAUACCAGUACCAGCAAUCUCAUUCUUAGAGAAAUAUGUAUGAGCAUAUAAUAAUGCUAGUAUGAGCAUUUUUUCACAAAGAAAAAAGAAACUAGGUAGAAACUCUCUCCCUAGAAUAGAAUGGGCAGCGUGGUGUAGGAUGAGCAUGGAAUUCCACAGCAAUGAAGUGACACACACUGCACACAGAAUACACACAAACUUGACACAUCUACUGUAUUCAAACUAGGCGAAACCAGACUACGCUGGUUAGGAAUGCAUCUAAAGUCCAUACCCACAGGGGACGCAACGCGGCUGCUGGCGCACGGGCCUGUGGCUGUGGGUAGGGGUGCCCUGCUUACCUGCACGGGGCUAAAGGGCGGCCCCGCCUCCUCCUCGGCCAUGGCGCCCCCGCCCGCGAGCCGCUCCCGGCUGCCGCCGCCGCCGCCGCCGCUGCUGCUGCUGCUCGUGCUGAGCCUGGCGCUGCUGGGCGCCCGCGCGGAGCCCGCCGCCGCCGCCGGGAGCGCCGUCCCCGCGCAGAGCCGCCCGUGCGUGGACUGCCACGCGUUCGAGUUCAUGCAGCGCGCUCUGCAGGACCUUCGCAAGACGGCCUACAGUCUGGACGCGCGGACGGAGACCCUCCUGCUCCAGGCUGAGCGCAGGGCGCUUUGUGCCUGCUGGCCUGCUGGGCGCUGAGGACCAGUCCGGUUCACUGUCAAUAAACACC